ACCAUUUAUAUCAAACUUACUUAGCAGAGAGAAAUAUUGACUAGUCUCGUCUUCAAAAUAUUUCGCAUUUGGAUGACCAGCGGCUGCUAACUAUCAUGAUAUAUUAAUCCCUCGACAUCUCUCCUUUCUCGCACCGCAAAUCAACCCAUUAAAACGCAGAAAACGACACCGUUUUAAGAAGAACAAAAAGUGAGAAAGAGGGAAAACAUAUAUAAUUAUAAUCUUAAUAUCAUGGAAGCAGCAGCCGCACCAGAAAGUGAGGUCCCUAGUCUGAGCAGUCAGACGAGAUCGUCAUCCUCGUUCAGGCUACGUAGUCCUAGCCUCAACACCCUUCGUCUCCGUCGUAUAUUUGAUCUAUUCGACAAGAACAACGACGAAACAAUCACUGUCGAGGAGCUUGGUCAAGCCCUUAAUCUUCUAGGCCUAGAGGCUGAGUUCACCGAAAUCGAAUCAACAAUCAAGUCUUUCAUCCGACCGGAGAAUUCUGGUCUCAGAUUCGAGGACUUUGUGUUGCUCCAUCAAUCCUUAAAUGACACGUAUUUUGGGUGCGAUGACAGUAAUAUUGGUGAAUUUGAGAAUGAAGAAAUGAAUUUGGAAAAGAAUGAGAAAAUGUCUCAGGAGGAGUCGGAUCUGUCGGAGGCUUUCAAGGUGUUCGAUGAGGACGGUGACGGUUACAUAUCUGCUCAGGAAUUGCAAGUGGUGCUGGGAAAGCUUGGAUUCGACGAAGGGAAUGAGAUUGACAGAGUUGAGAAGAUGAUCAUAUCUGUUGACCGAAAUCAUGAUGGCCGAGUUGAUUUCUUUGAGUUCAAGGACAUGAUGCGUAGUGUUAUUGUUCGGAGUGCUUGAACUAGCUACUAAUUUUACUAUAUCGCCCUUUUUUAAUUAUUAUUUGUACGUAGCGAUGGUUAUAUCUGUACUAUAUUAUGCUUAAAUAUGUAAUAAUUCAUCAAUCUGUCAACACUAUUUUGCCUGAA